AUGAGUAUCGGUGUCCCUGUAACAAAAUCUUUUAACAAGCUGAAAAAGUACCCAUAUGAAAUAAAUAAAUUUGAUAGAAGAGAAACAAAUGAAUAUUUUUAUUUGCCAGUUGAUUGUCCUCGUAUGAAAAAAUGUGACGAUGCAUAUUGCCCAUUAGCCCAUACAAAAUUAGAGAAAAUAUUUCACCCAAUAGUUUAUAAAACACAAGCUUGCCAAAUGGCUAAAGAUGGGGCAUGUGAUUAUUUUCAAAAAUGCGCUUUUUAUCAUGAUUCAAAUGAUAAAAAUGAAGCUCAUUUGAAUUGGACUAUUUGGGAAAAAAAAUGGGAUAAAUGGAGGAAUAAUAUCGAUAGUAUUUUAACACAACAUAAUAAAAAUGAUAAAGAAAUUCGAAGAAAAGUAGAAAGUAUAUUAAAAAUUCGUAUGCCACAUUUUAAUUAUGGUACGAAUAAAAAUAACUUAUUUUUGAAUAAAAGUGCAUCCUUUCACACUACAUGGCCUAGUAUGAAUAAUAAUAAUUCUGGAAUUCCUAACAUGGAAAGUGUCGACAUAGGAAAUAUGGGGAGUAUAGGGACUAUCGGCAGUAUUGGACAAACUGGAAACACAAACAUUGGAAGUAACAUUAUGGAAAGUGGUAGCAUUGGAAAUACCAGCAAAUUGAGCAAUAUAAAUAACCUUUUAUGUAAAUCUAUGAAUUCUGCAUUGUUUCAAUAUUCAAGUUCUAUAUUUAAUAAUACAUGGAAUAAAGGAAUAAAGGGGAAUAAAAAACAUAUAAAAAAUAAUAACGAUAAUAAAAAUAGUAACAUGUGGUGGCUUAAUCAAAUUAAUGAAAUUGAAAUUGUGAACUUAGACAAAAACAUGCAUAACAUAAAUGAAAAUAAUAUAAAUAAAAGUAACAUUUAUUGUGACGAAACUUUAAGUUAUAAUAGCAAUAACGGAACAGAAUGUGGAGUAAAUUAUGAUAUUUUAGAUAAUAAUGCGUAUAAAAUUGUUGAAUUUUGUUUUACUGAUUAUGAUAAUAACAACAAUAGUAAUAAUAAUAAUAACAAUAAUAAUAAUAAUAAUAGCAAUAAGAACAAAAUUAAAUGGAAAGAUACCGCAGAUGGUUCAAAUGGACAAUCACUGAAUUCCUUUUUUUCACAAAGCACAAAGGGUUUGAGUAAUGAUAUAAACUAUUUACAAAAUACCAAUAAUAAUAAUAAUAAUAAUUAUAACAAUCAAAGAAAUAACAUUUUUCAAUGUAUAAAUUAUAAUAAAACAUGCGAAUAUAUACCAAAUAUACAAGAAGGUAUUGAUGAUAAUAAAAAUAAAAAAUAUAAUACCUUGGAAACUAAUUACAGAGACAAUUUUCUAGCAGAUAUGAAUAAUUCUAAUAAAAGUUUUGAUUUUAUAAAUUCCACCUUUUUUUCAAACAGUUCAAAUGAUAUAACUGGGGCAGAAAACUAUGUAAACUUUCCUACUAUGUUAGAGAUCAUUGAUGAUGACAAUAAUGCUGUUAGGAAUAAUGUUUUUUCCACUGGUGAUGGAACUGCGACUAAUAAUUAUAAUAAUGAAAAUGAUAAUGGUGGUAUUAAAAAUAAUGAGAAUGAUAAUGACUGUAGUGGUAAUAUUACUAAUACUACAUAUACUGAUGGUUUUUCUACAUUCUACAAUAAUAAUACUAGCAUUACUAUCGAUAAUAAUAUAAAAGGUUUUCCUAACCUUGAUAAUUGCAAAACUUUUGAUAAUUUCAAUUUUGAUGACACAAUUAAAAAUAACAUAAGCAAUUUAAUAUUUUCUGGUGAAGAUAAAGAACACAUAAAAGGGAUGAAAAUUAAAAAAGAAGACGAAAAUAUAGGCAAUGAAAAUGCAAAUGGCGACAUGAAAAGCAUAGAAAAGGAGUUAGAAGAAAACAAUGAGACAGAAGACAAGGAAAUAAAAGGAGAUGCAGGAAUCAAUACAGGUAAUAUUUUAGGAUCUGGAAAUAGCAACAAAGGUAUAAAUAAGUCUCUGAAAAAAAACAAAAACAAAAAAGGUGCAAUAAAUAGUGCAAAUAAUAAUAAUAAUAACAGUAGUAAUAAUACUGAAUCAAUGUUUUCUAACAAUAUCGGAGAUGAAGAAUCUAAAAAUUCAAGCACAAUAAACAGCAAUGAAGUAAAAACUGAUAUAAAUGAUAAAAAAAAAAACUCUAAAAAGGAAAACCGAAACUUGAAAAAUAGUAAUAAUGAAAAAGAUCAAUACGAAAAAGGUGGAAGUAAAAAGAUUCAAAGUUCCGUUAGCAAAAUUGGAAACAAUAAUGGUAAUGUAAGUGUGAAUGAAAAUGUGUGCCUAGAAAAUGAAAAAAAUAAAAGUGUAAAAUGUAAAAAUAAUGAAAAUAAUAAUAAUAAAAAAGGUGCAUAUUCGAAAAAUAUCAACGUUAAUGGUGAUAAGAAUAUGAGCAAAGUUGGAAAGAAAAAUAUUACUGAAAACUUUGUUAGCAGCAACAAUGAUGAUGCUGAUAAUAAAAAUACUGAUAAGAAGAAUGUGGAAAAAAAUAAAACAAAAAAUAUUGAAAAAAAUAAAUUUGAUAAUAAGGACAAUACAGGGUCUAUACAACUAAAUAGAAAAUAUAGUGACGUUUUAGGAGAAAAUAUAAUAAACGGUAGCGAAUGGAAUAAUACUAUUAAAGGUUUGGAUAAAAGUAAGGGGAACGACAAUUUGAUCAAUAAUAAUGGGAAAGCUGAUAAAAGGAAAACGAAUAACAAUAAUGCAUUUAGUAACAGUAUAGAUAAAAGAGAACUUGAAAAUGAUAUAAACAAUGAUGAUAAUAUUAUAGUAGAGAAUUCUGGUUUAAGCUUAAUAUAUAACAGUUAUUAUAACGAAAAGGAAUCCAAAAAGGUAAAAUUAGAAAAUAAAAAAAAAAAUAUAAUCGUCGAUAUCGAAAAUGUGAAUAAUAUAGAAAAUAAUAACAUUAUUGUGAAUGAAAAAGGGGAUAACAAUAUUACAGAACGUUGUAAAAACAAUACGGAUGUAUUAUGCUCGAAUACACCAAACAAUAAUAACCUUUUUAAAUAUGACCAAAACUUAUUGAUAAAUAGAGGUGAUAAUAAAAAUGAAAAUGUAGAUAGAAAUAUGAGUAGCCAUAUGAAGGAAUCAUUUUGUGAUUAUACUAGCAAUAAUGAAAACAAAUAUGAUGAAAAUAGCAUUUUAACAAAAAGGGUUAAUACAGAAUAUAUUUUCAAUAAUGCCAACAAUAUUGGAAUGAACAAUAUUAAAAAUAGUAGUGAUAACAAAUAUAAUGAUAUCAAUUAUAUAAAUAGUAAAGAUAAUUUGUUUGCUUUAAAAACAAUAGAAUAUAAUAAACCGAAUAAUGAAACAAUUGAGGAUAGUAAUAGAGGUAUUUAUAAUAAUUAUAUAAUAAAUGAUAUUAAUAGCUCCAUAAAUGUAGAAAAUAAAUCAGUACAUCUUGGAAAUAUUAAUAACAAUAAUACUAAUUCUACGGAUAUAAAAGAGGAUAUAAAUAGAAAUAAUUUAAUGGAAAAUAUCAGCAGUAAUAAUAGUGAAAUAAUAAAUGAUACAUUAACUGGUGCGUUAAACAAUGCAUUAAAUGACAUAUUAAAUGGGACAUUAGACAAAACUAUGGAUAGUAUUUUUAAAAUAGAUGCCACGUCUGACGAUACAUAUAAUGAGUUGUUUAAUACAUUAACAAGUAAUAGUAAUAACAACAAUUUUAGCAAUGGCAAUAAUAGUGGUCAGAACAACACACAAAAUGAUGAAAUUAAGGAAAAUGUUACGAAUAAUGGGCAAACUAAUGAAUCAUGCGAUUAUACAAAUAAUUUAUUAAAUAUAUUUUUAUCAUGUAAUAGCAUAAAUGAAAACUUUGAUAUAACAAAUUCAGUUAACACUAAUUUUUAUGAAAAUAAUAAAAGCGAUACAAUAACAUUUAAUAAUAGUGAUAAAUAUACACCAGAAAUAUACGGAGUACUUAAUAACUCUUCGAAUUAUUUCAAUAUUUUUGGAAAUUAUAAUUUGUAUGGAAGCACAUGCUUGCAAUGUAAACAUUAUAAAAAUGAAAUUAAAAAUUUAAUAUCUCAAAUAAAAGUUUUAAGAGAAGAAAUUAUUAAAUAUAAACAAGUUAUUAUCACAUAUGGAAUAAAUGCAAAUAAAGAUAAUACGCUUAACCCUUGUAAUUAUAAAUGGGAUAAUUCAAAAAAAUUUAAUAAUAUAUAUGAAAAAAAUUAUAUAUCUUCGGUUGAAGCAAACGACUAA